UGUUAAGGAUCUUCAUGAAGAAAUAAAAACAAAAGUUCACCAGUUACGAGAUCUUGAACAUGAACCCCGUCUAGAGGGAUUUGCCCUGAAACCAAUUUCUUUGACAGAAGCUAAGGCUCUACACAAAGCAUUUGGAGAAUCUUAACAUUUUGCAAGUAUUGCAACAUUUCUACUUAGUUAUUACAAGGGGAAACGAGGAUCAUUUAUUAUAAUUAAACUAAAAACAAAAUGGGGAAGGUUGCAGCUGGACUUGUAGUGUUUAGGAGAGUUGCUGAAAAGAUUGAAUAUUUGCUCUUGCAAACUUCCUAUGGAAUUCAUCAUUGGACCCCACCAAAAGGUCACGUGGAUCCAGGAGAAUCCGACAUAGAAACAGCCUAUCGAGAAACUGUUGAAGAGGCCGGACUACAGGAAUCUGACCUUAAAGUUUUCGAGGAUACCAAAACGACCUUAAAUUAUGAGGUUAAAGGAAAACCAAAAAUUGUGCACUACUGGUUAGCAGAACUAAUUAAUCCUUCUGCCCAAGUUAAGCUGUCCCAUGAACAUCAAGAUUUAAGGUGGCUAGGCUUAAAAGAAGCAUGCGAAUUAGCUGGAUAUGCUGACAUGCAGCAAGUUUUGGUAAAUUAUGAUAAUUACUUAAAGAAAAAUAAUUAAACAAAUUGUUAACUAUAAGAGUUAUAUAAUAAACAUGUUUAAGUAAUAUGAAA